AUGGACUCGCCGGAUUUCCCCACCGGCACCGCCAAGUCUCCCCGAACACUCCAAGGGCCACGCCCUGCCCCUCUCAGAGUCCGCAAAGAUUCCCACAAGAUCAGAAAACCACCGGUAGCUCCACCACCGCAGCAGCACCACCACCACCCCCAACAAAUCCAACCGCAACACCGGCCGCCGGUCAUCAUCUACACCGUCUCCCCAAAGGUAAUCCACACAAACCCAAACGAAUUCAUGACUUUAGUUCAGCGUUUGACCGGGCCACCCGCCUCCUCUCCUAUCGCUUCUUCUUUCUCUGCUUUCCAUGACGACGGAGGAGCAGUUUCACCGGCGGCAAGAUUUGCAUCAUUACAGAAGGCGGAAAAUUCACCGGACGGUAGGAAAGUGCCGCAAAACGGUGACGUGGCUGUGGUGGAAGGCGUGGAGAUAGCUACUGGAUUGGAAAAAUCCGGCUACUUUCCCGGAAUAUUGUCUCCGGGACCGGCAUCCCUACCACCGAUCCCACCUAAUUUCUUCUCCCCGUUGGCGAAUGAUCAAAACCCACUUAGUUUUUUCCCAGAUUUAAGCCCCGUUUUCCAUAACACCAGAAAUUACAACUACUUGGAGGGUAACAGCAGUAACAGUUUCAUUAUGCCAAGCCCUUCAAAUCUUCUCUCGCCAUAUCUUAUUUCACCCAACACCCUAAACCUCUUCAGUACCCUAUUUGACUGAGUACUUACGUACAACCUUUAGAUGCAUAGGGUAUAAACUACAAUAGCAUGACACCACCCUUCAUUUAUAUAUAAAACUCAAAUUCAAAACAAAUUAUUCCCAAAUGUUGUAUCUUAUUAAUGCCUG